UAAAAACUGCGAUUGCGAAUCUGGUUAUUCUGGUUUUCUAAAAUUAAUUCGUGUGUGAGGCUUUUCUGCUACUUCACCGGCCUCUUCAGAAUUAAUUGUAAUUCAACCUUAAUUUAAUUAGAUAGAAAACUGCAUUGUUUGGGUAAAUUUGAUAAGCCAUGGAAAUAGUUCCAGAUGAAGAAGUUUUGCUCUCAAAUUUCGAGGUUCUGCAGAUAUUAAAAGAGUCUCAGUCAACUACUGGUGUAAAAAACAGAAAGGACCCUUUGGCCACCAUCAGAUACGAGACGUUAGAAUACUUCAAAAGAAGUCCGUGUUAUGUGCAAAACGAAGAGUGCAUCAAGAGUCUUGUGACUGCGCUUAAACCAUACAAAUUGACCAAGAGAGAAUUUCUUUCGAUCCUCAACAGCCGACCCACUGCCCCCGCUGACCUAGCUCCACUUUUGAAUGAGUCGGAGGACCACAUCACUGAUGAGAAUAUGACUGAAAUAGUUCAACUGAUAGCUGAAAUCCUUCCCGCACCAAAAUAAUUUAUAUAAUAUAUAAAUUGAUAUUAUCAUCCUUGCCAAUAUUGAACAUAUUUAUUUCCACUGAAAAUCAGAAUAAAUAUAAAAAUGAAAGUUUUUUAAUUG